AUGGAACAUAGAGCCUCCUCCCUCCUCUUCUCCUUCUUCCUUGCCCUCUUCCUUGCAUUCUUCUCGUCACCCUCCUCUGUCUCUGCCUUCAACAUCACCAAGAUCCUCGAGAAGCAAUCCGACUUCUCCAACUUCAACAACCUCCUCUCCCAGACUAAGCUCGCCGACGAGAUCAACAGACGCAGCACCAUCACCAUCCUCGCAGUGGACAAUGGCGGUGCGGGAGGCCUCUCUGGGCAAUCUUCCGAUAUGGCCAAGAAGAUCCUGAGCGUCCACGUGGUGUUGGACUACUACGAUCAGGACAAGCUCAAGAAGAUCUUCAAAUCAAACAAGUCCGCCACUCUCACAACUUUGUUCCAGUCGACGGGUCAGGCAAGGGGGGAGCAAGGCUUCAUCAAGGUUUCGGUGAACAACGGACAAAUUUCAUUCGGGUCUGCAGCCAAGGGCGGGAAUGGCAACAGUGUCAACUUUGUUAAGUCGGUUGUUUCCCAGCCCUACAACAUUUCAGUGCUUCAGGUGGGGUCCAUUAUUAAUGUUCCUGACAUCGAGUCUUCCUCCUCGGCCCCUGCCAGCGCACCCAAGUCUGCCAAGGCCCCAAGCCCCUCGAAGUCGAAGAAGGACGACUCUGAUGACGAAGCUCCAAGCCCGUCAGACGAGGCUCCAGCUCCGUCAAAGCACAAAGGUAAGGGCAAAGAAAAUGACAAAUCCUCGCCACCAGUAUCUGCUGACUCACCGUCAGAUAGUACAGCGCCCACGCCUUCGGCACCUGCGCCCUCUGCAGCUUCACGUACUCGUGAGAUCAUGGCCGUUGGUGCCGGGGUGGUGAUCAUGGGGGUGGUUUCGCUUUUGGCUGCUUAA